AUGGAUCUCAUCCCCGCCACCUGCGAGAACUUUGGCCUGAUCAUUAACACGGAGAAGAUGGUGAUCAAGCACCAAUCGCCACCCAACACUGCCCACAAUGCGCCGCAAAUCAGCGUGGACGGAACCCAACUGCAAGUGGUGGACAACUUAACGUAUCUGGACAUCACACCGUCCCCCUGCACCAAAUUAGACGAUGAAGUGGCCCGCCGGAUUUCCAAGGCCAGUCAAGCCUUCGAUCGUCUUCAAAACACAGUUUGGAAUUGUUACGGUCUUCAACUCAGCACAGAACUGAAAAUGUACAAGGCCAUCAUCCUACUGACGUUGCUGUGGUGGCAGGACCGGGUGCUAGACACGAACGUAUUGGAGAGGACGGGAAUCCUCAGCAUCUACGCUAUGCUGAGACAACUGUAACGGCCAUGUCGUACGGAUGGACAACGAGAGGCUUCCCAAACGAAUCUUAUAUGGAUAUGUUGUGACGGGUUGACGCCGUCGAGAAGGUGAAGUCCGGCGCUACAAGGAUACUCUGAAAACCUCCCAGAAGAGCCUGUAAAUCAACCUGGCCAACUGAAAAGACCUCGCCCGGAACCGGCCUACGUGGGGGCGAACAGUGAAGACAGGUCUAGCAAUCUUUGAAGCUAACCACAUCACCGCUACCAAAACCAAACGCGAGACAUGCCGCCGCCGCCGCCUCACAACACCAACGCUUCACCGCCUCUAACGUGCCCACGAUGUCAAUGGACAUUUCGGGCUCCAGUGGAACUAGUUAAACACCUCCGAACCAACCGCAGCACCCAGACUGCGCCAACCGUCGUCCCUUGUCCACCUCUCCUUCGCCUUCCACGCCGUCAACUAGCACUGACCGGCCUCCCGAACCACCCCUACCAUCCUUCCUCUCCUCCUCCUUUUUCUUUUUCUUCUUCUUCUUCUUCUUCUUCUUCUUCUUCUUCUUCUUCUUCUCCUCCUCCACCGUCGCCUCAACGUUUGCCGUUGUGGGACCUGCCCUGCCCAUCAGCACUACACACACUCCUGACACAUCAACAAACACCAACGCCACCACUGUCAGCACCGAUUAUGAGAACCUGGUCUAUACCUGUCCUCAUUGCGACCUCACCUUCACCUCACACAUUGUCCUGGUCGGUUACUUGCGCACCCAUCGCACGGAGACUGGCGAAUCAGUGCCUGGAGCACUCACAAACACUAGACGCAUUCGACUGAACUGCCCACACUGCCCUCGCACAUUCACCGACCGUAUGGGCCUUCUAGGUCACAUGAGCAUUCACGAUAACCCGCCGUAG